UUAUCUUACCAACUUAGACGUCAGAAGUGUUGUGCGUGUGAUGCAAGUGGCGAGCGAAGUAGACAUUACCAAUGUGAGGAAAACAUUUUGGGAUUGUAAAUGCCUUAUUAUUAUAGGCUGAUAAGCAGGUUCUGGUUCCAUUUCGCUAAGUCAGCCUCGGAAUAAUGUGGGUAAAACCACAAGAAGUUCUUCUUGCAAAUGCGUUAUGGGUAACCGAACAGGCGAAUCUAUAUUUCCUUCUUCAAAGGAGAAAAGGGCAUGGAAAAUCGAAAGGAUUGUCGUCAAUACUUGUUGGUACGCUGGAUAGUGUCUUCGACACUAAGCCACCACCAUACAGGAUUCUGCACCAGACACCAACUUCCGAAGUAUAUUACCUGAUUGCAUGCUCUCUGACACAUGUGGAAAUUGAGAAGGAUUGGGAGUGGCUGCAGCGUAACCUGUCUAGCACACUGAGUUCAUUUGAUAAUGAAGAUGAUGUUACUGAAUUCGUCUGCUGCAAAAUUCAGUCUGUCAUAGCAAACAAUGUACCAGAUAAUCAAGGCAUUGAUGAUGAGGACACACAAUCAUUCAAAACUGUAUCUUUCAAGUUUCAUCGUCUUUUCAAUAUGCCCCCUGAAGAGAAACUGGUCAAUUAUUAUUCAUGCAGCUACUGGAAGGGUCGUAUGCCACGUCAGGGCUGGAUGUAUUUAUCCAUCCAUCACUUGUGCUUCUAUGCCUAUAUUCUUGGUCGUGAAACCAGAUUAGUUAUCAGGUGGACUGAUAUUACGGAACUUGACAAAACAAAUAGUCUGCUUUUCCCGGAUUCAAUUCGAAUUGCAACAAGGGAGAAGGAGUAUUACUUCUCAAUGUUUCUGCACAAAUCGGAGACAUUUGCCCUUAUGGAGCAGCUCACAAAUCUGGCAAUGAAACAGCUAAUUGAUGAAAAAGGGGGAUAUAACGAAGACAGGGAGCUGUUAAAUAAGUUAAGUAAGAAUGUACCAAAGAAGCCAUCAUUCCUGAAGCGUGAUCUUGAUGCUAGAGCUCACUCAGAAGCAUAUCGCUUGACAUUCCGGUUACCAGCUAGUGAGAAACUGGAUGGUAGUAUAGAUGCUACGCUAUGGACACCUUAUAACAAGCGGCAUGUUUGGGGACGCAUGUUUCUCUCCCAAAACUUCAUAUGCUUUAGCAGCAGGGUGAAAGGCUUGGUCAGUCUGGUAUUACCUUUGAAGGAUAUCAGCUUAGUGGAACGAGCAGAAAACCAGGCAUCGAAUCCAGCAGUAAAUAAUUCAGUUCUCAUCACUUCUGCAAACCACACAAGUUUCCUCUUCGCACAAAUUCAAGAUCGUGAUUUUGUUGUGCAAAAAAUCUCGGAGCUUCUUGCCAGGACGAGGCUUGCUGCACCGUCAGUGUACAAUUCAGAAAGUGCUCAUUCACCAACUUCAAGCAGUGGAAGCAUUAGUCAGGGAGAGGAAGCAAAACCAGUUGCUGUUGCGUACUUGCCGGAAUGGAACCCACAGCCACCAAUGAUGACAUUGUUUAACUGUGAGACUUCGGCAGAAUAUGUUAAACAUCAGAAAGAGAAGUUGCGAAAAUGGGAAACCCAUUUUACGGAAUAUGGAAGAGGCGUAUCUAUGUAUCGAACCAGCGAGUUGGCAAGACUUGUACUAGGUGGUAUACCUGAUGAACUCAGAGCAGAAACGUGGAUGGCUUUUUCAGGUGCUGCAAAUGAAAUGGCAGCUAAUCCUGGUCUUUACAGACUACUUGUAGACCAGUCAUUAGGCAAACCAUCAACUGCAAAUGAUGAGAUAGAGAGAGACUUACAUCGUUCCCUACCUGAACAUCCAGCAUUCCAAUCAGAAGUUGGUAUCUCAGCACUGCGCAGGGUACUUUCUGCAUAUGCAUGGAGAAACCCACAGAUUGGUUACUGUCAGGCAAUGAACAUAGUUGCGUCAGUACUUCUGAUUUACUGCUCUGAAGAACAAGCAUUCUGGCAACUUGCAACACUUUGUGAGAGCUUGCUCCCAGACUACUACAACACUCGUGUAGUUGGAGCACUGGUAGACCAAGGUGUUUUGGAUGACCUCACAUUGGAACAUCUACCUAGUCUACAUGCACGGCUCGAUGCACUAGGGAUGAUACGCAUGAUAUCUCUGUCAUGGUUUCUCACCAUUUUCCUCAGUGUGAUGCCAUAUGAAAGUGCUGUCAACAUAAUAGACUGCUUUUUCUAUGAUGGUGCAAAAGUCAUAUUUCAGGUAGCAUUGACUGUGCUGGAAGCCAAUCAGGAGAAGCUACUGUCUUGCCAUGAUGAUGGAGAAGCCAUGCAACUUCUCGGAGAAUAUCUGGAGGGUGUGUAUAAUGAGGAAGGGCAUUCUGUGAGUCGGAACAAGGAUGCGGAACAAGUGAACAAGAGCAUAUCAGUGCAGAGCCUGCUGUAUGACGCCUACACGCACUAUGAUACUCUAACUGCUAACAGUAUAGAACGUCUCCGCUUGAAGUAUAGGUUAAGAGUUGUGCAGCAACUGGAGGAUGGCGUUGGUCGUAAUGUAAUCCGUAGUGUUGCAUCAGAGGGUUAUUUCACUACAGAAGAGUUGCAGGAUUUGCUGAUGCUUGUAAGAGAAGAGCUGUUGUCUCAACAGAGGGGGCCAUAUGAACGGUAUGAUCAAACACUGCCUCCAUAUGAGGCAUAUAGAGUGGAUCAGGAACUCUUUCGCCUGCUUUUUGUUGGCCUUUCACCGUGGGGCAAAGGACCAGAAGCUCUCAUGGGCAGGAUUUUCAAGCUGCUGGACCACAAUAAUGAUGGACUGUUGAACUUUCGUGAACUGGUGGUUGCACUAGGCCUCACUUGCACUGCUGACCUCACCCAGCGCCUAAAGCUGCUCUAUAUGGUCCACUUACCCCCAGUCCUCAAUAUAGAGGACAUUGAGAGUCCCACAAACUCUGGUCGUCGAACAGCGACUCGGUCUGUUAUUGCAGAGGGUGGUGCUGAAGUUGCAGCGGAGGCCACAGACUUCUUUGACACAAUGCAGCAGAGUAUCACUUCUUUAGAAUCUGCAGAAGUUGAGGACUGCAUGAGCAAUUCUCAAGGGGAGCAGUCACUGUGGGAGGUUCGCAGUCUCAGCAGUUUACGUUCUCUUGUGGAAAAGAAAGAUUCUCGUUCUCAGCUGAAAGCAGUGCCUCGUAUGGGACAACCACACUUCAUUGUACUGUGGAAGACAAUGUACGGUUUGUUUGAAGCACAGCCAGAGGACCAGGAGGUGUUUCACUGUAUUGCAAGUGUAGGAACACUGCUAUUACAGUUGGGAGAUGUUGGGAAAAAGUUCUAUCUUGAAAGGGAAGAAUCCGUAGAUAGCCUGGCUGAUGCUGCAGCUGCUCACUGGAGCUCACGAAUGGAACAGCCUGGGCCAGCUCUUGUAACUGCAACACCUGAUCGUAACGGAAACCCUGGGGUUAAUGGCAACAGCAAUAGCACUGCUGACCCAUAUUGGUCCAUCAGUAUUGAGCAGUUUCUAGCCACUGUACUAACAGGCCAACCAAUAGUUGAAUUCUUCAGCCAACGGACAUCUUUGGCAGAUGGCAUAAUGCGUCUCCGCGGCCGUCGCUUUAAUAGGCUGCAUAGUCUUACUGUUUAAAUGAGAUAAACAUUGUUUUUGUACAGUGGAACAGCUUUUCUAAGGCAGAUGUAGUGGCCUGUGUUAGUGUACAUGUUUUUAUGAAACAAAUAAUUGCAAGUGUAUUUUAUACUGCUGGUAAUAGAAAUUUGUAUAUUUGCUGUAUUGUGGUAGUAUGUUAAGAAAUAGCUGGUAACAAGUCAUUGAAGGCUUCCUUGGCAAACAAGAUGGAUAACUUUCCAUCAUACUGGUAUUUAUUUUUGUAAAACACACACACACACACACACACACACACACACACACACACACACACACACAGUUUUGGUCAUUUUGCUGGAAUCAGUUUAUAUUUAUAAAAAUCAUUGUGUGAUAUCCGAAUUCAGAUAUUACAAUUAAAGGGCUCCAGGUGGUCCCUUAAAGGUUCAUUAAUGCAGAUAUAAUACAACAUAUUGAGCUCUGCUCUUAUAUGAUUUACAUGUACCUGGAGAAAAUUCAUUUCCCUGGUACAUGCAGUGCUGUUUGAAUUGUGAAUAUUGACUAUUUGAUUUACUGACAAUACUGGUCACUGUAUAAAAUGCCAGACAUGCAGAAAUUGUAUCAAGUCUCUGUAAAAGUAAAAUGAGAUUUAUAGAAUUGCUAGUAGUUUAAAAGACUGCAGAAACAGUGUCCAGUUUGUCAGGGUGUUAGUUUGCAUUAUUGAUUCUUUAUGGUGAUGUGAUACCUUAAUUACAUUAAUAGAUCACUCAAAACCGGGAUUCUGUCUUAACUGUAUACUUCCCCUAUGUAACCACAUGUACACACUGUGUAACUUCAUUUAUAGUAAAUAAAAACAAUUAUGAGAUACACUUAUUAGCAUAAAAGGUGCAGACAUUAGCAUGUACAUUGCUAUAAACAAAAUACCCUUGGUGUUUAAGUUGUUGGAGUAGUAAUCCAAACGUGAAAAUUUUUUUUUAAUAUUAGCUGAGAGAGAGUCAUUCCAGUUUCUAUGUCCAGAGAGAGGCAGACUGAGAGAAUGUGUAAUAGUAAUUAACUACAGACAAUAGUGCUUCUGUCGAAUGUUUAGCUCUUUAGGCCUAAGGCCCUUAAUGGGCUCCUUUUUUUGACUUAAAUUUUCACAUUUUUUGUUCUACUUUCUCUUCAGAAUUGUCAAUAGCAUUUUAUUUUUGUUUCAUAAGCUACUGUUGCACCUUUUGUGACUUCAAGUGGGCCAUUUUUUAUUUUUAUUUUGAAAUUUAGAUUAAUUUCUGUGAUUUAUUGCAUUCAGUUUGUAUAUGUGUAUUAUCAUUCAUGAGUUAUGGUGAAGACUGCAGAGAAUCUUAUAUUUAAAUGAUGUCAGUGAUGUUUUUGCUAAAACUUACGUAAUUAUUGACUGUCCCAUCUGUACAUAACAGCGAUUUAGAAUGGUUUUAAUGUAUGUAUCUAACUUUUCCCUGUAUUGAGCGAUAUGAAAUGAUUAACUUGUUCCAUUAUAAAAAUAUAGAAAUAUAUAGUGUUUGUAAUGAACAAAACACAACUAACAGUCAGUACUUUACAAAUAUUGAAUACAUUUGUUGAAUUGUGAUAUAUUAAUCAAAGUAUUAACUUGUACUCUGCAUUUUAUUUAUUUGAUUUAUGUAUGUAUUCCACUGCUCUCAUGAAAGUUGAAUAUAGUGUAGGAAAAAAUACAUUUCCAUGUUGUUAGUCCCUGACAGUACAGUUUUAUUAGCAAGUGCAUUAAAGAAAAUGCCUCUUGCUAAAAUAUUUCAUUGUGAUUACAGUUUAAACCUCCCAUGUGGUGAGUUUUAUGACCUAAAAACUUGGUAAACACAUAUUUAGAAAUAUAUUAUUUUAUCUUUGAAGUUAAACAUAAUUUUUUGACUCAUAAGCCCUUCAGUUUUUUACAAAUCUUUUACAAUUUUAUUGGCUACAUAAUUUACUCUCGUCAAAAUUUUAGUUCUGUAUGUGUAGAUGCAAAGGUGCUCCUUGAAGUACACUGGCUUCAUUGGAACUGAAGCCUGUGAUAAGUAGGAAACUCUUGCUGAAAGCAAAUAACAUGUUUAAUACUGUAAAAAGAAAAUAAACAAUUGCUCUAAAAUAAA